AGAGUUUUUUUUUUAUAUAUAAUUUGGGCGCAGCUUUCGUUUUCGAUAUCUGUCAGUUGCAUUUCAAGCUUCGAACGCUGCAGUUGCGGUCUAGCACACCUACCCAAAGUCACCACAUACCAAGUAAAACCACAUCAAAAAGUUCAGCUUAUUCACAUAUCCGCAUCGACAGAAUGAAGCUGAGCUCGGGAUUGUUUUUGAUCUGCGCCGCUUUGCUCGGCAGCACGUCGGCCACAGAUGUCAGUCCCUGCCCGAAAUCCAAAUCCAAGGCUCUGGCUGCCGGCGAGGUGUCCAUCUCGAACUGCCCGAAGAGCAAGUGCAUCCUGAAGCGCAACACGGAGGCCAGCAUCCAGAUGAAGAUUCGUCCGGAGCGUGACUUUCAGGAGCUGACCUCCGACAUCCAGGGUAUUAUUCUGGACGUGCCGCUACCCUUUCCAGGAUACUAUGGCACUAGUGCGUGUCCGCACAUUUACGAUGAGGCCGGCGAGAAGAAGGUGGGCUGCCCACUGAAGGCUGGCCAGGUGUACACCUACAAGAACAGCUUCAAGAUCUUGCCCGUCUACCCAACCGUCAGCUUGGAGAUCCACUGGGGACUGGGCGACAAACACGGCGACGCGGCCUGCUUCCAAAUACCCGCCAAAAUAAAGGCCUAGACCCAGAAUAACAGACAAGUGCAAUCAAUGUUAGCUUUUAUUAGUGGUAAAUCUUAAGAUCGUAAUCUGCAUAUGCUUAGUUAUUUAGUUAGGGAUUAAGUACGGUUUAGUGAACGAAAACGAAGCGGGCCAUUAUUGCGGCAUCCAGCCAGUGACGCAAAAUGGCCAAAGGAUUUCCACUGAUCGACUCAGUAAAUCUAAUAAUAAAAAACCACAACGAAUUUCAUAUA